AUGUUUUUCUUUUGAGUUACGUCGUCACAUCAUUCUGGAAAUCUAGUGUCAGGUCGAAUGACGUUGUGUCACUUGUUUUGACGUUAACAAAGUCUGGCGACUUAAUGGGAAUAUUAAACGAAUCCUUCGACAACAUACAGAGACUGGUUAAUGAAAAGGGAGAGCAUAGACCUGAUAUUGCUUUGGAUGGCACAAACUCUUGUGACCUGAAAUAAUGAGUCAUAGAUGGGCUCCAAAUACCUGGGUGAAACAUGCUCGCAAGUCAGCAGCAUCAUUUCCCUUGUCUGGUAACUCUCACUGCAAGGUUCAUGUCCAACAGCCUUAUUGCUACAAGGUUGGCUAUCUCAGCUGGAGGCACAUCCACCACCUGAGGGUCAUUGGGUGUAACGGAUGGCUCUUUAAAGCUAGCCAGGUUAGACAAAGACUUGGACUCCACACCAGCACCUUGUAUUUGAACACUUCAGCCUCAAGGUGGUCUGCUGGGCUGAGCCAACACAUGUCGCGGGUGAAGAACACACUGGACACAGUUUCUAAAGCUGUGAGUGGGACACAUACAGAGCUCCUCUCCAAAAUUGCCAGACUCAAGCCUAGUGCUUUAAAGGCAGGGAAAAAUGCUCAGGCUGGUGUUGAGUCAACACCAAAAGCUGAGGAGAGUGCUGUGACAUCUACUCCUGCUACCACUAAUGCUGCUCCCCUUUCUACAUCUACUACACCCUCUGCAAGUCUUUCUAUUCCUACUUCUGCUGCUACAUUUGAUGCAAGUGCCACUACCUCCACUCAUCCUCACAGUUUUACCCAGGUGACUGACACUGCCACAAUUCUAACUGUGCAUGAACACAAGGAGAAAAGGUUGAGACGUGUUGUUCCCACUGUCAAAGACGGUGUAGCCAGGAAUCAAGAGGAGCUUAAACCUUCACAGAGUGAUAAUGAGAGCAAGACUUCCAAACAAAGCACAGCACUUUUCCAUCCCAGCACCUUCACAGUGAGCCUGGAUGAGACUUACAACUACCUGGCCCAUCAUAUUAACUCAUACUUUGGCAGCAGUACGAAGACUCAGGACAAGAAAGUAGACAAUGUUGACUAUUCAUCUACUUCCUCUCAGGGUCAACAAACUAGUGACCUCUUGUUAGUGUCUGAUAAAACAGUUACUCCACCUCCCUCUAAGAAAGGUUUAGGACACUACUUGUCCUACUCAGCUCCCACUGUGCAAGCCUUUGUGGGAAGCUACAUUGCUCACCUGGUCCCCAAGUUUAGGACAGCUGAGUCCAAAAGUGCUACAGUGGAGGAGAAGAAGUCUGAGGAAGCACCAGUCAAACAGGUCGAGGCUGCAAUAAGUAAAGAGCAGAAGGCUGCGGAGGAGAAAGCCAAGAAACUUCUUCUUCAAAAGGAGAAGAUCAUUGCUAGGGUGAGUGUGGACAAUCGAACUCGGGCUCUGGUACAGGGUCUCCACAGGGCCUCAGAUGUAAGAGUCUACAUCAACAGGGUGGAAGACCUCAGCUACCAUCUCCUGGAGUUUCCAGAGACUAGUGGUGUUGCAGUCAAGGAGAAGGUUAUCCCUUGCCUACUGCGUCUGAAACAGGCCAAUGACCCAGGCCUGAGAGCAGCAGUUAGAGAAGCCCUCGCUCUGGUGGGCUACCACGCACCUGUUAAAGGCCGGGGCAUACGCAUCCUGUCCAUAGAUGGAGGAGGAUUAAGGGGACUUCUUGCACUUCAGACGUUACACAAGCUGGAAGCCCUGACCGGCAAACCCAUUUACAAACUGUUUGAUUAUAUAUGUGGUGUCAGCACAGGUGCUAUCUUAGGGUUCAUGCUAGGUGUGUUCCAAAUCCCACUGAAUGAGUGUGAUGAUCUUUACCGGAAGCUGGGUUCAGAUGUCUUCAAGCAGAAUGUCAUUGUUGGCACCGUGAAGAUGGGCUGGAGCCAUGCUUUCUAUGACAGCGAGGCCUGGGAGAACAUCCUCAGAGAGAAAAUGGGCUCUCACCUCCUGGUGGAGACUUCAAGAAACCCAGAAUGCCCCAAGGUGGCAGCAGUGAGCACCAUUGUGAACCGGGGCACUCCCCUAAAGGCCUAUGUGUUCAGGAACUACAACCUGCUGCCCGGGGUGCGCUCUCACUACCUGGGGGGCUGCCAGCACCAGCUGUGGCAGGCUAUCCGUGCUACGUCAGCAGCCCCUGGGUAUUUCCAGGAGUUCACCUUGGGAAAUGAUCUCCACCAGGAUGGAGGUCUGCUGAUUAACAACCCCACAGCACUGGCUAUCCACGAGUGUAAGUGUUUGUGGCCUAACACGCCCUUGGAGUGUGUGGUCUCACUCGGUACGGGCCGCUGUGAAACUCCUGGCAAGAACAGCACCACCUACACAAGCCUAAAAACCAAGCUCACCCACAUCAUCAGCAGCGCCACUGACACUGAAGAGGUUCACACCAUGCUUGACGCCUUCCUUCCUCCCAACACUUAUUUCCGCUUCAACCCCUACAUGAGCGAAGAUAUCUCCAUGGAUGAGAACCGGCACGAAAAGCUCAAGUUGCUGCAGGCUGAGGGUAUCCGUUAUCUGGAGAGGAACGAGGAGAAGCUGAAGAAGGUCGCACGCAUCCUCACCCAAGAGAAAACCUCCGUCCAGAGGACAGCUGAGUGGGCCAAGCUCAGGGCUGACAUGUACAACGGUCUGUCCUUUUACUCCUCCAAGCUUUAGAUCUAAUACAAACCACCUUUACCUCACUCUUCCCUUAUUCUAAAUUGCCUAGAAUAUGUAAUCUUACCAUGAUUAGUGUGUCAUAGUUGUUGCCUUCUUGACCUGUACCUCUGAAGAACAUUGUGUAAGUAGUAGGUAAUGUAUCUAACAUGCCAAACACUACGUCUUCCUCCUCACCUAUACUGUAUCCGGUUGCCUUUGCAGUUGGCAACACUCAACUUAACACUUUUGCAUUCAAAGAAGAUGUGUCAAAUGACACGUGGAUUUGGGAACUCCCUAAAUAGGGAUCCACUGUCAGCUUUGCGUCUUACUUGAAGGAGCCCAAAGCAAUAGUUCAACAUUUUGGGGAAUACGUGUGUGUGUGUGUGUGUGUGUGUGU